UAUCCACACACACAAAGAGAGAGAAAAAGAGCGAGCAUCAACACUCUCAAACACACUGAAACCUCAUUUAAAAUAACGAAUUUUGCUCUUUUGUUGCCUUUAAACCGGCUGAUUUCCAUCAAUCAUGCACCGAUAGAGUGAGCGUGGAUCUUCUUCGGCUUUGACUGAGCGACACCUGCUCUCUCACUCUCUCUCACACACAUACACACUCUCUCUCCUUCCCUCUCUUUUGUCUCUCACAUCUCUGCAGCUCGCAGCCAGCAGCGCUGGAGAGGAGGAGGAGGAGCGGGGUGUACCUGACACCUACAGCCGCGCGUAGCAGCUCUCGUCUCCCGCAGAAACACCCAGGACUGCCUCCGUCUCUCUCUCCUGGUGUGUUAGUUAACCGGAGCUCUGUUUGAACGGGGAUCACUGCUUCUGCUGACAGACGGAAAACUCCUAAAAAAAUAAAGAAAUUGCAACAAAACACUGAAGACAGGGAUCUUCUAAGAACUGUUUGAUUCACUCGGAACGGAAAUCUUCAGGAUUUUCUGACUGACCGUAAGAAAAACGACUACACUUCAGAAGAUGCGUCUCCCGGUGCUUCUCUGUGUGUUGGUGUGUCUGUGUGCAGCACCGGGCCCGGUGGCCGGGGCGGACCGAAGCUGCACCGAUCUGCGGCAGUUCUACACCGGGAAAGGGUUCACUCUAGUAGGGGUUCCACUGACAGAGAUCUCCGGUGAACAUCUGAGGGUGUGUCCUCAGGGUCCAACCUGUUGUACCAGCACCAUGGAGGAGAACCUUGGCGGUCUGAGCACCCGAGAGACAGAAGGACUGAUCAGAGAGGCUGGCAGGUCGCUGCAGGCUGCCUUCAACGCUCUCCACAGGAGCUUCGACACCUAUUUCACUGAGCUGCACAGUCAUUCUGAGCGCUCUCUCCAGGAGGUGCUGUCUCCACUCGGCCCUCUGUACUCCCAGAACACUCGUCUCUAUGGGGAUCUCUACACAGACCUGAGACUUUACUACCGGGGCUCCGCUCUCAACCUGGACGAGACGCUAUCUGAGUUCUGGUCCCGCCUCCUGGAGCGCACCUUUAAAAUCUCCACUCCCACCGAUGUCAACCUGUCAGAGGACUACCUUGAAUGUGUUGCUAAGCAACAGGAGACACUGCGGCCAUUUGGAGACAUCCCCCGGGACAUGAAGGCGAAGGUGAUCCGGGCUUUUGUCACAGCCAGGUCGUUUGUCCAGGGGCUGAUAGUCAGCGGAGAGGUGGUCAGGAAGGUCUCACAGGUUUCUCUGAGUCCAGAGUGUACGAAGGCCCUGAUGAAGCUGGUUUACUGCCCCCACUGUCGCGGCGUGGCCUCCGUCAAACCCUGCUCCAACUACUGUUCCAAUGUCAUGAAGGGCUGCCUGGCCAAUCAAGCUGACCUGGACCCCGAGUGGCAGAACCUUAUAGACACCAUGAUCCAGGUGGUUUCUAGUUUCAGCACGGAGCCCAGUCUCGAUGUGGUUCUCUCCUCCAUCCCGGCUCGAAUCUAUGAAGCAGUUCUCUUCCUACAGGAAAACAUGGACACAUUCACAGCAAAAGUGUACCAGAUAUGUGGAAUUCCAGGUGAACCAGGAACAGGAAGUCCCACCCUUCAUGAACAGAGGAAGAAGAGCGGCUCCCUGACCGCAUCAGAGUACAAACCCUCUCCAACCGCUGGACUCAGACUAGAGAUGCAGGUGUCAGACCUGUCCAGUAAGCUGAGGGAGAUGCGGCAGUACUGGGUCCAGCUCCCUGUGGCACUUUGCAGCAAAUUGGCAGCAGGAGGCGCCGGUCAGGAUAAAUGCUGGAAUGGCAUUACCAAAGCCAGGUACCUUCCAGAGGUAAUGGGUGAUGGCUUGGCGAAUCAAAUCAACAACCCAGAAGUGGAGCUUGAUAUCACAAAGCCAGACAUGACCAUCCGGCAGCAGAUCAUGCAACUCAAAAUCAUGAGCAACAGGCUGAAAAACGCACUUGAUGGCAACGACGUGGACUUCCAGGAUGCAAGUGAUGACAUCAGCGGCUCAGGAAGCGGGAUGUGCGUAGGUGGUCAGUGUCCCCGGAACAGACCAGGAUUAUACGCCUACACACCAGACAACAACCGAGUCAGAGGAGCAGCUACGUAUCAAACCCGCCUCUGUAGCCUUCUACUUCUGCUCCCAUUGGCCAUCCUGCUGCUUCAGCGAUGAUGGACCGCCGCUGCCUCCAAUCAGACUGAAGUCUAGAGUAGGGCUGAACCAUGGGAUGGACAAAAAGAGGUUUGGUGGGGGGGAAGACUGGAACGUAACUUUGCCAAAAAAUGAAACAGACAUUUUGGGGAAUGAAUGGAGAACAUUUUCUUUGAUCAAGAAGAGCAAAAAUUGACAGUGACAAUAUUCUUAAUUUUGUUUUGCUCAGAUUUAAUGUCUUAUGUUUGGGUGUGAUUCAGUUUGUUGAGCUGGUUUCAAUGGAUUCUUGUGAUGAGGAUGGUUGAAAGAAGAUGGAGAUGUGGAAGACUAAGAAGACAAAGAUGAGAAUGAUGAUGAAGAUAAUGAUGGGGAUAUUGAUAAUGAUUUAUUGACACUCUAUCAGGUCCAUUUAGCUCCAGUUUCCAGUCAGCAGGCAGCAGAGCUCAGUAAAAAAAAAGGUUUAGUGCCCCGAUAUGUGGUGCGUUCAACAAGGCUUUUUUGUUUUAUUUAAUUUUCUAACUUGAGUCGAGGUCGACUACCUUAACAAACAUUGUGUGAGUUGUAAAUGUUUGUGUACAUUAGCAAAAAGACUGGCACCAUAUAGAGCCAUGAAUGUACAGUAUAAUACUAUAUUGGAAUGAACCCCCCAUAAUCUGUGAUUUAGUCGUCCAGAUGUGUUGGUGUGUGUUGGCAUAAACAGAUACAUUCAGUAGGAUUUGUUUGAAAUAUUGCAGAUAAAUUAUCACACUCCUGAAAUGUAUGAGAUGUUGUGAUUGCAAGAUUUUACCUCACUUUUACUGUAUACCCAACCAUUUCAAAAGAAAAAGGAAUCGGCCGCUUUUUUAACAACAUCACCUUUGUAAAGAAAUAAGCUGUCUCAUCAUUUUAUGACAAGGUAAUGUUAGGGAGGACUCCUUGUUGAACGCACACCUUCGUUAAGUAACUCAACUCAACUCAACUCAGCUCAACUCAGCUUUAUUUAUAUAGCACCUUUCAUAAAAACAUGUAGCCCAAAGUGCUUUACGUAGUAAAAUUACGCAACACAAACAAACGGAUUGAAAUGAAGUCUUAGAAGCAACACAGUAGGUCAAACCAAAGCACUUAUUACACUGUACACGUUUUUUACAUUUUUUGACAGCAGACAUUACCCCAAGUACGUUGAACGUUUGUAACAACCCUUUCACCAGGUUUUGUAACUGCAUAACAUUUAAAGGAAACAAAGGUUUUCAGUUCAGUUCCUGAAAAGUUGUCUUUUUUGUACAUACAGUACAGGAUAUUUGCAGAAUAUUGACAACAUGUAUACAUUUGCCUGGUGAUACAUCAUUUACUCUGCAUGCCUUUCUUACUGGUACAUAUGGGACUCCUGAUUCACACAAAUACUCGCACAUACACGCAUUGACACACACUGGGGUUGUGUAUUAAGCUGAUUUUUAUUCAUCAGUGUAUUUAAUCACACAUUUCAUUCAUUAAACUCUGUUUGAUUGUAGCAGUGGAUUUUGCCAUGUACAUUUUGAUUUGAUUAUUAUUGAUUAGUAUCCAUUAAGAAGAAGCUACAUCUUUAUUUAAAGGGACACUCCACCGAUUUUACACUUAAAGGUCAGUUUACUCAUCAUGAGGAGUACUACUAAAAAAAAUUGUAUAAUGUGAAAAAAAAUGUAUAAUGUCUUCUGUGGCUUUGUAGGGAGCUUUCUAAAGUUUGAGAAAUAGUGAAUAUUCAUCAGCUUGGAUUUGGAGGCUAAAUAUUUAUAACAGUAAGCCUGCGUUACAAACCAGGGGCAUCGAGGUUCUUUACCAGGCAGGGAGGGUCAAACUAAAUGAUGUAAUUAAGUUGCAUUAUGGCAAAUGUAGGAUCCAGAGUUCAUGGAGCUUGAUUAAUACUAAGGACUAAAAAUCAGGAUAUCUCUACCUCUGUGGCUUCCCAAUUGACCAUUUUUAGCCACACUGUCAGGCUGUCAGUUUGUCUGUUGGUCCACCACUUUGAUCCAAACUGAAAUAUCUCAACAACUAUUAGCUGGAUUGCCAUGAAAUUUGGUACAGAUAUUCAUGGAUGCAAAUCACGUUGGUGAUGUGUUAAUUUUUCAUCUAGCUCCAUCGUUAGGUAAAAAUUUUAAUUUGUCCUAUACUUUGGUUUAUGCCAAAUAAAUGCAAAACUAAUGUUAUUCUAACCAGCCUCAGCUGUACGACUGUUUUUUUGUUAGCAUGCUAACAGAUUAAACUAAAAUGGUGAACAUGGUAAACAUUAUACCUGCUAAAUAGAUAGAUAGAUACCUUAUUUAUCCCCAGGGGGAAUUUUGCAUGCUACAGCAGCAGUACAUGAACGAACCACACAAAGAACAGGGCAAAAACAAAUGUCAAACUGAAGUACUAACAUAAAAGUAAAAAAAUAUGCCCUUUUAAGCAUGGGAAUACAGGUGUGCAAAUUUGCAGUAAGGUGUGCAAAUGAUGUAAUUAAAAAGAUGCAUUGCACUGUGCCAGAAGGUAAGGAAAUGUAAGCAUAAAGUCCAAUUAGCGAGUCCAGUAAGACCGCAGCAGCCUCCCAGUCCACUGAUAUCCACCCUGCAACAAGGCGGGGAUGAGUUCGCAUCAUCAUUGCAACCAUGUCAGUAUGCUGACAAUAACAUUUAACUCAAAGCACCGCGGUGCCAAACUACAGCCUCACAGAGCCUCUAGCAUGGCUGUUGACUCCUGUUUAAAAGUCUCUUGCGAGUCCCCCAACUUUAUGGAAUUGCAAUACUAAAUCAGUAGAGUACCCCUUUAAGUUUCCACUGCAGGGCCAAGCAAGACCACAACCACUCACAGACAUCAUCCCACUCCAAAUAAGAACAUCAAAUCUAGGAUGAUUUUGCUCUUUUUCUAGAAAAGCUCAACUUGCCAGCUGCACUACAGCUAUAAAUAAACAUGUAUAUCUUGGUAAAAGGCAUUGACAAGCCUCAUGUGACCCUGUUGCAGAAAAACAGGGCCAUGUGUGUGUAGGAAUGACAAUCCUGCACCAGUCAGGGGGUUUAGAGUUAAUGAAUGGUUAACUCAUUCAUUUACUCAUCAUUAUCUGUGAUCUCGUCUGAUCCCGUCUGUCUGAAUUUACCCCUUUUCUACAUCACGUGUCGUUCCUGAAAUGUGUCUUGUCCUGUAAUUGUGAAUGAUGUGGAAGUAAAGGAAGAAUCUGAACUGAAUUUUACUGAGAUGUGGUAGGACACGUGUAGCAGCUACAGUGUACCACACUGUUGGUUUUACUUGGCUGUGUCUAGACAUGAAGAAGAUUUAUCGACGCCUGAACUGUCUGUCCAUUAUCAAGGUUUACUCACCAUUUUGAGUCCCCCAGGUGAGAGUAACCUCUGAACAAAAGGUUCCACAACUCUCACUGCACAAAUUUAAGAGAUGUAACUUAACUCUGGAUACAGUUAAAAUGUAAUUGUUCUGCUCAUGUGGCAGCCAGCAGGUCUAUAAUCGAUUUUUGGGCCUCCACCUGUGGUUUGAAAAGAAACAGACUCAGUGUUGAUGCGUUUUCUAAACAAUUUGAAAUGCCUCCAACUGCUGGCUUUAAGAUAAGAAGCAUCUCCCUCUCUGUAUCUGCCUCUCACUUACACAAAGACAUGUACACAACUCUUUAAGAUACUGGUCAAUGUGUACAGGAUGCAGUAGCCACUGAAUAAAGGUGAUUGUUGUAGUGGUA